GAGGAGGUAGCCGCUUCUGAAUGCUGAUGUUUAUGAAGAAAAAAAAUUGGAAUUGCUUGAUCCAGAGACCAUGGAAUUUUCACUAAGAAAUUGGAUUGGACUUUUUCUCCUCGGCUCUAUCAAUAAUUUACCCUAUGUCAUUGUCACCUCUGCUGCAAAAACAAUUGCCGACAGCUUUGACAAAAGAAAUGAUGUGGGGGUGGUGUUUGGUGCCAAUGUAGCUCUGUCUGUCCUUGUCAAAGCAAUCAAUGGCCUAUUUUUACUGAAAGUGCCAUACUGGAUCAGAUAUGUGGUGAAUGCUGGGCUAAUGGUAAUAGGCUUGAUAGGAGUUGCCUUUGCUUUUGAUUUCUGGUUUGCAAUUGUCUGCAUUGUAGUGGUGGGUUCCUCAGCAGCCUUUGGUGAAAACGUGGCCCUCGGAUAUUUACGUCUUUUCCCCAGUAAAAGUGUCAAUGCCUGGUCUAGUGGGACAGGCAUGGCGGGGAUCUUAGGCUCUGCCAUCUACAUUAUCUUCGGUUGUUCUAUAGGAGAAAGCAAUAAAACUUCGCAAUUGAAAACUUUAACAAAGUACGCUUUCCUUCUGACGUUACCAGCUGUAGCCGUGUAUCUCAUUGCGUAUUUUUUCGUCAUCAAAGCGCCUAAAGAAGACGACACUGUCCGCCGAAAAGAUGUUCAAGACCCCCUGAAUGAAGAGAAGAGGUCAAUUUUGCAAGAUACCGAUUCUGAAAACACAACCUUUGUCCCAAAGGAAUCCGUUUUUAGAAGACUUCGGAGAUGCUGGGGACUUGUCUGGUGGUUGUCUUUAAAUUUAUGUGCAGUCUAUUUGUUUGAGUAUGUUGCACAAGGUUGUGCUGCGAAAGUGCGACCCAAGUCCGAGUAUAACAAAGGAUGUCCAGAACUUUUUGCUGCCCUGUCAUUUUGCUAUCAAUCAGGGGUAUUUGCAUCCAGAUCAUCUGUGCAAUUAUUUCAAAUCAAAAGAGUGGAAAUACUCUCAUUUUUACAGUUUCUAAAUAUGAUUUUAUGGAUAAUUGAUGUUCAUUAUAAAUUCAUACCUGUGUAUAUUUUACCGGCGUUGAUGAUCUAUGUGGGUCUUUUGGGAGGGGCCUCUUAUGUCAACAUAUUUUAUCUACUGUUGCAUGAGGAAAAAUAUCCUGAAGAGGACAGGGAAUUCUGUAUAAACAUUACAUCACUCUUCAUCACAGGAGGGAUAGUUUUAGGAACCGGGUUAGAAACUGCUCUUUUCAACACUGUGCUGAAAAGCGAUUAAAAGAGAACAAACUUUACUUCUCUUCUUUAAAUAUGUACAAUGUUAAUGGACACAUUUUCUACAGCUUUGACAUUGCUGUCCAUGGUGUGGUGCUAUUAAUACAAUACUCGUCCAUCAUCUCUUUCAGUUAUUUUCGAAGUGUAAAUUUAUUUAUGUUUCAUAGACUCCAGAUUUUGUAUUUUUAUCUUGUAUCAAUCACUUUCAAUAGUUGUAAAAAAAUAUACUUGAACAAUGUA